AUGAAGCUCAUACUGGUAUAUGCCCUCGCCAUCUUCUCUGGCGCUCUCGCGCUUCCAGAGCCUCAUGCCACCGGUCCACACAAGGUCUCCUUGUCAAAAGGGAACAGCUUGACUCAUUCCAACGGAAGUGUCAAAGUGCAUCACAUGUUCGCGUCUCUGGCCAAUACGCUGGCAAAGUUUCAAGGAAUCAAGGCACAUCUACAUGACGAGCCAGUGGCACAACAUCAUGCCGAACGGAGGGCUGGGAGACGCAGGGAAACGGCCCACAGGCCCGGAAAAGUGUCCCUGACGGAUAAAUACAUAUCACCUAAAGCACCGUCGGAUCUAGCCUACUACGGGCCAAUGACUGUCGGUUCUUAUGACGGAAAACCGCAGGAUUUCCAGGGAUGCGAUAAUCCGACAAAAUACGAUCAAGGAGGCACCGCACUUAACAAGACUGCGCAUUUGGAAUACCAGAAAGGCACUGCGUCCGGCAGUUCGUAUACAGAUGUUGUGACCAUUGGCGGGUUGAAAUCGUUCAACCAGACAAUUUUGUCCGUCAACUCGACGGAGUCGAUUUCCGGGGGCCCCGUUGAUGGACUUGUCGGUAUGGGCAUAAGCGUUGAUUCCCAAAGCACCACAUUCUUUGAGAACUUGAUCGCCUCGGGGGCGGUCGAGGAUGACGAGUUCAGCUUUUACCUCGGGCGUGUCGUUUCGGGCACUGCAAAUGAUUCCGAAUUGACUCUUGGCGGUCGCGACAGCAAAAAGUACUACCACAACUUCACCACUGUGCCUGUCUUGGAGCCUAUUGUGGGAUUUUGGCUAGUCAAAUUGGAUAAUGUGAUGGUCAAUGGCCGGCCCGCCGGCCCUCACUCGGCUGCAUUGCCUGCAGCCAUAGAUACUGGGUCGAGUGCCAUUGUUGCCCCACAUGCUGUCGCGGAGGAGAUCAUGUCGCAGAUUCCUGGCAGCAUAUCAUUUCCAUCGCCUGAAUCUGAUCGCGAUACUUACUAG